CAAAUAUGUUUAGGUAGAACGCUUACGCCAAAUACUGACGAUCUCCCAGGACUGAUAAGAGUGCCUUGUAGUUCAUGCUUCUUAUGCUUAGUGUUUCCUACUUGUCAAUUGCUCCCUCCACUUCCGCUAUUAUAUGGAGUUGCCUAUAUGUGAGUAGUUUGUGGCAGGCAUAGCAGCUAUCCUUGGAAUUCGUCGUCAACGGGCAGUUACUGGAGUGGCGGGCGCGGCUAUAGAUGGGUUCGGCAUUUCUGCAACUGACCUCACACCAACACCUGGACGUCCUGGGCCGAGUGGAGCUGUCCACUACAAGAUACUAAUAGCUUCCGUGCUGGAAAGAGGCCCCAGCAGCAGCAAGGAAACGAGCGGUUUCGUUUUCGUUUGGCAGUUGAUUCUUGACUUCAGCCUGAGACGUUGAACCAAGCUUUUAGUAAAGUAAGGAAAUCAGCCUCUUACGGUUUGGCGGCGUUCGAAACGGCAAUCGCUAGCGCCUGAAAUGCAGGAAGUCAUGGAGUCACAGUAUUGGUGCGUCCGCGGGCAGCUCGUUUGCUAAGACGCCCUGCCGAUGUUUAAGAAUAUCUGGUGCUAGUUAUAUGGAUUCUGAGCCAUCGCUUUCGGUCAACCCAUCCAGCCGCAGACAGCAGCGUUAACGGAUCGACACGACAAGCCCGGACAAAAUGGGUGCAAUGGGUAAUAGCAGUGGCAGCAUCGAGGACACAGCUACGCCACUUGCUGCUCGUCCGCUCUUUGGGCCCCGAGGGCUUGCUAACGGCCUCCAAGACAACCGGGCCAUCACCGACCCCAGUUGUCACAUCUCCGCCGAAGGACAGCACCGCCUCUCCCGCACGCGCGCUGGAAGGAAGGCGUUUCCAGAAGCCAGCGCUACAAGCAGCACCGGAAGCAAUAACAAUCAUGCCGAUGUUGAGCACGAUGCCGACAGUGGAUCAUGGCCAGGAUUAACGCCGCCCGCUGUUGUUGCAGCGGAAGCAGCUGCAAACCUACCAGCAACUAUGCCAUUCGCAUGCGGGGUCCAAAGGGUGGCCACGAGCCCACGACUGCCGUAUAAUGCACGGCUGGUCUCUGGCCACUCCGUUUGGGCCUAUCCCAACUCCUACUGGCACCCUGCGAACAUGUACCAGUAUAAGCCCUACGGCCAUACACUUGCUGGCACCGAGUACUGCGGCAUAGAUAUCGAACCAGUGCGAGUUGCACGGCGACAAGACCGCUACAGUCCGUACUCUGCACGACCACAUCUGCGCUUUGCGAUCGCAGCUGGCACUGGGGCCAAACCGUCAUCAGCGGUAGCAGCCCCACACACCAUCCCGCCUCAUUACUGCUACUACCGGCAGCCCCAAACAUUAUCACCGCCGCCGCCACCCUCACCGUUGCCACCCUCGCCAACACCACAUAUGUCGUCGGCAUCCGCGAUCCAGUACCGACCGGCAACAGCACCGCUGCUGCAGCUGCAGCCACUGCACACACAGCAGCUAACGCCGGUAUAUCAUGCACCGGGCAGACGAGAAGGAGGGGCGCCAGCAGGAACAGCAACAGCAGGAGCCCCAGCCGCCCGAUCAUCACCAACACCCGCAGUUCAGCCGCCGUGGCUACAGCAGCGGCGACCGGUAAUUCCUCUGCAGUACAAUUUGCAGCAGCAUCAACAACAUGGCUUUAGGCGAAGGCCAACUUGCCCGCUGCUGCCGUACCCUCAGUAUCCUUGCCACAAUCACUUUGUCGUACGGUACAGCUCACGGGCUGCAGCUUCUUACGCUCCCGCUCCUUCCCCCGCUCCUGGUCAUGCUUCUUGAGUCUCACAAAAUGGGAUACAGCAAUAGCAGCAACUGGAAGCAUCAAGUAGGCCCGCGGUACGGCAAUCAUAUGACGGCGUUAAGGUCGUACGGCAGCAUGUAAUGGACUAUAUGGAUGGCGAUUUAUUUUGAUGGCAGGAGCCGCGCGCUAGAGCUAGUGCUAAGGAAAACGGGUGCAGUAUAAUGCAUCGUUUCGCACAAGUACUAGCGGAAGGUAAUUAAGACAAGUAAUGCGUCUAGGAUCUGGUGCUUACAGCAUAUGUGCCGCAUGUGGGAGGAAGUGUGCAUAAUCCACAGCAUGUAAGGCAGCAAGGUGAUUAAGCGGCUGAGUGACAGAACACUUCUGCAGCUGCUGGGGCUGUGUGCUAGCUUAUGAGGUUUGUUUACCUUGAGGACUGGUUUGCUAUUACCAGUGUGACUUAGAUGGCUAACGGCGGGGUGCUGUGGAUGGCUAGCCUUAAUUACCUUGCCUAAAUACUCAAUUGUUUUCAGGUGGGAUGGCCAACUUACCAGUCCUUGUUGGGUUAAUGCCAGUUCUGUAGUGGUUGUUUUUCACGUACGCUUGGCAUGCGCUAUGGUGCUUUCUACCUCUGACGCAGCGCUUUCAACGAAGUUGGUUGGCCUUAUCAACUAUCUAGUAUGUGUGGGACUGCUACGGGAUGCUGUGGGUACGUCGCUGGAUGACAGCAGGCGAUGUUUGGCUUGCUGCUGGAUAGGUCUGCUGGAAGGGAUUGCCACCACGUGUCGUAAUCUAACCUUUAUCCUAAUCAGGCGCAGUGGUGCAUGGGCCUUACACUGAUGGCAGUGGAUGCCGCUAUGGAUUUUGCAAACAGUGAUUGUGGGGUUUGGCUACAACUAGAAAACUUUGGGGGCUCGCAUGGGGGUGUGAAGACCACGUGGUCUAUCGGCAUAUAUGUGACAGCAUCUGUGCGCUGUGGAAGUAGUGAUGCGUGGGGCUGGGCAGAGCUGGCAGAGCAAUGGAUGGAAGGACCUUGGAGCGCAGGGCGGAGGAGGAGGGGCUUACAGGUUCUGCGUCCGCGGCUGUUGGGGGAGUGCUGUGCUUAUCUUCGGGCCUUGACUGCCAUGUUUUCAGACGUGAACAAUAACAAUAUUGGCUUCGUUUUCCAGGAGAAAACACAGGUAGUGAGCCCGUUCCUACACUGCAUGGGCGGCUCACGAAAGUAUUUUCUUCUUCGUCGUCGGUGUGCCCAGCGGCUGUGUCCCUUGGCGGAUUCCGUGCCCAGUCUGCUAAUGCUUAUUGUGCUAAUGACUUGCGUUCGUUGCUCGCUUGGCCCCCCUGCCUUAGUCCGAUCCGCGCGUUUGUUGGUGCAUUGCCCUUGCCGGUGGCUUGGGGGAUACGGAGCAUGUGCGUUUCAGGAAUUAGCCACGCACGUAUGUUUGUUCACAUAACUGUGCGCAUAGCACACUAGGAACACGACGGCAGCGGACGUAGAGGUUCCUUAUUGACGAAAGACGACGGCAUGGAGAGUAAGCAACAUGUGGGAUCUGAGGAGGAGAAGAGUGUGAAAGGCAAGAUAUUUCUCAUGUGUUGGGGACCGGGGUAUGUAUUGUUCCGGGCUGGCAGAAGCAGAUGUGCUUUCCAUUGUUUAAAGGGAAGGCCUGCACACACGCGGUAACCCACGUAUGUGCGCGUGAAUGUGGGUAUGUUGGUUUUCGCUUCUUAUCUUGGUGCUCCGAAUGCAUGCGCACACGCAGACGGCCAGUUUUCUUCUGCACACGCAGACGGCGCCAGCAACGCCCUGUGGUGGCGUCCAAGGGAAUGUUUCUGCGUGUGUUGCUGUGGCUGUCGUGCAUGCACGUGGUAGCUUAGCAGCUGUCGCCUUGAGGCUUCUUCCAAAAGUGGUGCCGCUGUGUCGGAUGAACGCUUGCUUGCUACGGUAUUUAUACCUGCCAGUCUGCUUACCCUUGCCUGCUAACUAUGUGCACCCAGGCGUGCAUAGAGACAUAGGUAUUAAAUACCGUGGAAGAUUUUUUGUGAGACUUGUGUGCACGUCAACACGUGCACUUGCUUUUGCGUACCUUUGCACUAGAACAUUUUUGUGUGGUAUGAGCAAUGGACAAAGGUGCUUGGACGAGGCAAGCACGAAGGAGGAGCGUAGGUUGCGGAGGAGGGACGACAGCACGAAGGUUGCAUGGCUGGAGGAGCUGAUCCGCAUGCCUACCUAGUUGUUUCUCUUUGCGGCAUGCAAUGCAGGAAUUGUCUGUAGGAUGCUGGCGGGUGUUGCACGUUGUGGUCCUGCCGCUGUACUUACAAACAAUGGCUACACCCUUUCCGUUACAGGGGCCCCGUGUCCCGUACGUUGCGCCGUUAUGUGUUGAUCCUUUCAGCGUUACUUUCGAUACCUUUAUGUUGCGUUUUUGCGCCUAUGCUGUUCAGUGUUACCCCGGCUAGGACUUCGUGCCCCGUGUCCCGUUUAAUGCUCCUUUUGGACAGGUUUGAGGAGGUUUUGGGGACGACCCAGUGCUACUUUGCCGGUUGUUGGCAAGAACUUAAGCACGGUUUUGGUAGGCGCCUCCCUCCCUCAAAAGACAGUGAGGCAACGUCUGCGUGCUCGUGUUCUUAUCAUCAGAGUUGGGAGCUCUGAGCUGGGUUAGAACUAAAACGUGCCGGACUGUAUUGCUUAUGUCGAUGAUAAUUGUCGUACGAAGUCUAACAAAGCCGUACUCUUAAUUUUGGUCUGUUCCUUCUUUGGACCCAGAGCAGGCUGGUAUUCAAAGUUUUUUGGACAUCGUAUUAUUACUAACACUGCCUGUCUUCCACCUUAUUCGGCAGGUGGCGCAUCCGCUACCUGUUCCUCCCCUCUUAGAGCGUGAUUUGUGUCCUAGUGCCUGCACUUGCUUAUUGCGAGAGCCGAGGUAGGACAGUCUUCAUUCUGUUUCCAGUGCACUGGGCGUUGUACGGCAUGGUAAUUAACGGAUGUUAUGAGUGUUACCGCGGUCGCCAGGGACAGCCCAUUGACCUGCAUGCGGGCGAGCUCUAACCAAGGUUUCAUGAGUGUGAUGAAGCGUGUGCCAAUAGUGCGGUCCAGCUUUCCCAUCAAAGUGCUGGUAACAAGUAGCGGCUUGUAAAAUUGGAU